AUAAAUCACCUUUUGGCCGACUUGUUUACAUGCAGCAGCCGCAAUGUGCCAUCCUAAUCCUCGUCGUUAGGGGGCGGCACAGAGACAGAAAAAAACAUGCGGAGUGGUGACAUUUUAGCGCAGAUAUGUAUAGCAUACGGAUGGGCCUUGUCUGCUGACUUAACACAGUGACAGCUGCCACAGUGUUGUAUGUUACGAUGAUCUUCACAACGCGUGUGACUUUUCACUGCUUCUGAUGAAAGCCAAGUCCACAAUAUGUUUGUGGGUCAAACCGCAAUGUACGAACGGAUUUGGCAGUAGCGGUGCGGAGCGCUGUAAACAAUACAUUCAUAUAAUGGCUGAAGCUAUUUUGCAACGAGGCGUAAGGCUACAGCUACAGUAAUGGUGGGCAUGAUGGCGGAGCGGGCUGCUGGUGGCGCAUCGGCCGCCAUCUCACCAUUGCAGCAGAUGCUGGCCUCCGGCACUGGCGCCCUCCUCACGUCUGUGUUUGUCACUCCCCUGGAUGUGGUGAAGAUCAGGCUGCAGGCUCAGCAGAGCCCCCUCCGUCAAGCUCUAACUAGUGAAGCCGCUCCCUGGGCUGCUGCUGUCACUCGCUCCUCCAAGUGGAGGUGUUUCCUGUACUGUAACGGGCUGAUGGAGCACGUCUACGUGUGCCAGAAUGGAAGCAGUUGCAGCAGCUGGUACAAAGCACCCACGCAUUUCAGCGGCACGCUGGAUGCGUUUGUGAAAAUCUCCCGCCAUGAAGGACUGAGGUCGUUGUGGAGUGGACUCCCGCCCACACUCGUCAUGGCCGUGCCCGCCACAGUCAUCUACUUCACCUGCUACGACCAGCUGCGUGACUUCCUGAGAUAUGGCCUGGGUUUCCAUGGCAACCACAUCCCUCUCAUUGCAGGGGGUCUCGCUAGGUUGGGGGCUGUGACGGUCAUCAGCCCCCUGGAGCUGAUCAGGACCAAGAUGCAGUCUCGCCGCCUCACCUACGGUGAGCUGCGGGUGUGCAUACGCAGCGCCGUGGCCCAGGACGGCCUGCUCUCGCUGUGGCGGGGCUGGGGUCCCACCGUGCUCCGAGACGUCCCCUUUUCCGCAAUUUACUGGUUCAACUACGAACUGGUGAAAGCUGCCCUGUGUGAACGAUCCCAAACAUCUCAAGCAAACUUCUCCAUCAGCUUCACUGCUGGAGCCGCAUCCGGAGCCGUCGCCGCCAUCUUGACUCUGCCGUUCGACGUGGUGAAGACUCGCAGGCAGAUCCAGCUUGGAGAGAUGGACGCACUGGGCGUGCCGUUCAAAAAGACCUCAUCCACGUGGACCAUCAUGAAGGAAAUCUGGAGAGAAGUGGGCUACAGGGGUCUCUUUGCAGGUUUCAUGCCCAGGGUGAUCAAAGUGGCGCCCGCCUGUGCCGUCAUGAUCAGCACCUACGAGUUCGGAAAGGCCUUUUUCCAGAAAAUCAACUACGAUCGGGAAUGCGUGGUGUCAUAAAGGAAGGCCGGGAAUCUCUGCUGCAGCAUUUUGUGGAUCGGAAGACGAAACGCUGGACUGAACUGAUCAAACUGAGAACACAGACUUUGUGUUUUUUAGUACAUGCGUCCUGGUCCAGGUUCACAGCGGGGAGGCCUACGGACUGCAUUCCGCUGAUCAGGAUGUCAUUGAUGUACUCUAAAUGUUCAACUCCAGCAUCCGGAAAUUGCUUUCAUUAACGUUCAGUCAGGCUUGGACUGACGCAAUGCCUCAUGGGAAGUCCAUGAUGAAAGCCUGACUGAGCACACAAGCAUGUUUCAUGGUCUGAAGACCAACAUGGCACCACCUGGUUCUUCUUAAGUCUGCUAAAUAUUUUUGGACUUUUGUCUACUGGGUAGAUUAAUGACCUUGUUUGUGUUUUUGUUUUUAUGGAGCAACGUCAGGUGUCUGUGGAAUGUAUGCAUGUUUUCAUGAUGUGUCUGAAACAAAGCCAUAUUCAACCUCUCCUGUGACUGAAACAAAAUGAAUGACAAUAUUAUCAGAGGGCAUUUUUCUAAAACAUCCUCAGAGCUUCAGAAAAAUCAUUUUUCAGUCUGGUAACGGAUGGGAAAUUAGAUAAGAAAUAGUACAUCACUGUCAUGAAAUACUUUUCUUUUUUAUUUCCAAUUAAAUUGUAUUAGUCAACAAAA